AUGUUGGUGCUGAAUUUCCUGGGGCUGCUUGUUCUGACGAGCUUCGCAGGAUCCAUUGAAGCUGUGCCUGGAAGAUUGAACGAAUUAAUAACGUCCGAGUGGAAUCGUAUUGAAAUUGCUAACAGUGAGUGUCCAAUAUCUACGAAACAAAUUUUGAUAAGACUCUGGGAUAAUGUUGCUGAAAAAGCUACUGGAUGUCCUGACUAUCUAGGAAUUUUUUUUAAGGCAAACUGGUAUAGGGCAUCGCAAUACUGUCGUUACCACGGUAUGCAUCUGGCAAGCAUAAAUUCGCAGGAAGAGAACGACAAGCUUGAGAAGCACAUUAGGGACUUUGGACUGGGACACGAGCAUUUCUGGACGUCGGGUACGGAUCAAGCGGAGGAGGGUACCUUCUUUUGGAUGGCCAAUGGCCGACCCGUCACCUUCGAGAACUGGAACACUGGCGAGCCCAACAAUUUUCGGUACGAGAAUAACGAAGAAGAGCACUGCUUGGAGUUGUGGAACCGAGAUGGCAAAGGCCUUAAAUGGAACGACAGCCCGUGCAGUUUUGAAACUUACUUCGUCUGUGAGGUGCACUGACACGUGUCUGCCGAUGCUUUUUCUCACUUCUACCUUCUUCUGUGAUCUCUGUCUCUUUUUAUCUCCUUGUCUCCCGACCUUCCUUGCACCUUGCUCCUUUCUUUUUUUUGCUUAGGUAAAAAAUGUACUUACCUUCACUCGGUAUUUUUCAAUGAGAUUUCCGUACAAUCCCUCAUCAAACACUCAACUUACGCUUUGGAAGAAAGAUGGUAUCCUCGUUUCAUUUUUUAUAAGUACUUAUUUUUACUGAACUAAAGUACAGAGAGUAUUCGCACUUUGUAGCUUACGUACUUCAUCACAGUUCAAUGUGCGGCUUUUCCGCUUCGCUGCGAAUUCCGUUUCGUGUACCGAUUAUGUCAUAGCUUUAAACAUCUGAUUUUCGUGGAAUUUUUUUUUCAACCACUGUUAGACGACAUUAUCGUCUAGGAUCCAAAAUUUUUUAGGACAAUUGAUGUAGUAAAAAAAAAAAUACGAAAAAACGAGAAAAUCCUCAUAGCAU